UUGACAGCUGUCAAAAUGUGAAUCGGUGAAUUCGCCAUGGAGUUUUUUAAAAUUUCAAGUUAUUAUAUUUUCUCAUUGAGUGUACUACUCUUAGCAAUGAUCGGAAUUCUUAUAAAUUUUGAAUAUUUAAAACUUUUGGACUAUGAUGAUAUUAAUCUUGGUGAAGUAAUAGAUAUUGUUCCGUCAAAAACAUUAUUCACUAACGAGGAAUUAAGUGAAUUUAAUGGAGUUAAUUCAAAUAAAUUAUAUAUUUCAAUUCUUGGUAAAAUUUAUGAUGUUACAAAAGGUACAAAACAUUAUGGACCUGGAGCACCAUAUCAUGCAUUUACAGGACGUGAUAUUUCACGAUCUUUUGUAACUGGUGAAUUUACAUCGGAAAAAAUGACUGAUGCAGUUCUAGAUUUACCAUUAACCGACUUAAAAUCGUUAAAUGAUUGGCGAGUAUUUUAUGAACAAGCAUAUACAUUUGUGGGGAUAUUAAUUGGUCGAUAUUAUAAUGGAGAUGGUUCUCCUACACCAUAUUUAUUAGAAUUAGAGAAUCGAUUCAAGGAAGCACAAGAAGUUGAUAUGCAUAAACUUAAAUUACGUUAUACUUAUCCACCCUGCAACGUACAAUGGGACUCCGAAAUAGGAACACGAGUUUGGUGUACGACUUCUAGUGGUGGAAUCAAAAGAGAUUGGGUUGGAGUUCCCAGGAAGUUAUUUGAACCUGGAGCGAAGCAGGCCCGCUGUGCUUGCAUAUCAUCAGCUCAUUUAUUACAAGGGAAUUUAGAAGAAUAUGAAAAUUGUCCGAGUGAUAGUAUAAGUUGUUAUGUUAAAAGUGAUAAUUGAAUUUUAAUGUAUUUAUUUAGUUUUAGUAAAUUUUUAUAUUUUUUUACACAAGAUAAUUAUUUAAAAAUUUUAAACCAUUUUAACAAAGUCGAUAACUAGCACCCUCCAGUGAGAAGCUUAUAAAAUAUCGUAUUUGUAAGAUGAAUUUAUGAAUAAUGGCGCCA